UCGUCCGUCCAUCCGUCGUCCGUCCGUAAACUUUUGCUUUAAAUGACAUCUCCUCAUAAACCACUGAGCCAAUUUCAUCCAAACUUCACAGGAAUGUUCCUUUGGUGGUCACCUUUAAAAAUUGUUCAAAGAAUUUAAUUCCAUGCAGAACUCUGGUUGCCAUGGCAACCGAAAGAAAAAUCUUUAAAUAUCUUCUUUUAAACAACCCUAAGAGCUAGAGCUUAGAUAUUUGGCAUGAAACAUCUUCUAGUGAGUGUCUACCAAGUUUGUUCAAAUAAAAGCCCUGGGGUCAAAAUUGGCCCCGCCCCAGGGGGUCAUUGAUUUUCCCUAUAUGCAUAUAGUAAAAACUUAAAAAAUCUUCUUUUAAAGAACCCAAAGAGCUAGAGCUAAGAUAUUUGGCAUGAAACAUCUUCUAGUGAGUGUCUACCAAGUUUGUUCAAAUAAAAGCCCUGGGGUCAAAAUUGGCCCCGCCCCAGGGGGUCAUUGAUUUUCCCUAUAUACAUAUAGUAAAAACUUAAAAAACCUUCUUUUAAAGAACCCAAAGAGCUAGAGCUAAGAUAUUAAGCAUGAAACAUCUUUUAGUGAGUGUCUACCAAGUUUGUUCAAAUUAAAGCCCUGGGGUCGAAAUUGGCCCCGCCCCAGGGGGUCAUUGAUUUUCCCUAUAUGCAUAUAGUAAAAACUUAAAAAAUCUUCUUUUAAAUAACCAUAAGAGCUAGAGCUUAGAUAUUUGGCAUGAAACGUCUUCUAGUGAAUGUCUACCAAGUUUGUUCAAAUAAAAGCCCUUGGGUCAAAAUUGACCCCGCCCCGGGGGGUCAUUGAUUUUCCCUAUAUGCAUAUAGUAAAAACGUAAAAAAACUUCUUUUAAAGAACCCAAAGAGCUAGAGCUAAGAUAUCUAGCAUGAAACAUCUUCUAAUGAGUGUCUACCAAGUUUGUUCAAAUAAAAGCCCUGGGGUCAAAAUUGGCCCCGCCCCAAAAACUUAAAAAAUCUUCUUUUAAAGAACUCAAAGAGCUAGAGCUAAGAUAUUUAGCAAGAAACAUGUUCUAAUGGGUGUCUACCAAGUAUGUUCAAAUAAAAGCCCUGGGGUCAAAACUGGCCCUACCAGGGGGGGGGGGUCAUUGAUUUUCCUUAUAUGUGUAUAGCAAAAACUUAAAAAUCUUCUUUGAAAAAACCCAAAUAGCUAGAGUUUAGAUAUUAAGCAUGAAACAUCUUUAAGUAAAUAUCUACAAAGUUUGUUCAAAUAAAAGCCCGGGGGUCAAAACUGGCCCUGCCCCAGGGGUGUCAUUGUUUUUAACUAUAUGUGUAUAGUAAAAACUUUAAAAAUCUUCUUUUAAAAUACCCAAUGAGCUAGAACUUAGAUGUUUAGCAUGAAACUUCUUCUUAUGGGUGUCUACCAAGUCUGUUCAAAUAAACAAAUAAAAGCCCUUGGGUAAAAAUUGGCCUGGGGGUGGGGGGGGCUAUAUACAGGUGAGCGACUUCAGGGCCAUCAUGGCCCUCUUGUUUUCAGAUGUAGGUUAAUGAAGUAUGGAACAUGAUUCAAAUCAAGGAAGACAAAAACAUAUUGACGUGAAGUAUGAUCAAAUAACUGUGAAACAAGAAGUUAGUGAUGAAGGAUAUGUUCUAGCUGUCUCUGAUAGUAAAAUAGGCUGUGAUAGAGGUCAGUGUGAAAUUUCAGACAAUAAUCUCUCAAGAGAUAACAAUAGUGCACAAUGUUUAGAUAACAUUUGUUUAUCUGUUGCCAAACCAAAACUUGAGACUGAAAUUUUGGUGGAAAAUGAAGAAUCUGAAGACAAAAAGAGAGAAUCUGAAAACAAUAUUAAAGGACCUGACAAUGAGACAGAAAUAAAAAAAGAACAUGAAUAUGAAAAUACUGUAGACUUUGAUAACACUAAUUUAAACGCAUUAGAAAAUGGGUCUUUAAAGCUUGAAAGGGCAGUCAGUGUUAAGAUAGAAAACAAAGAUGAAACAUAUGAAGAAAUGGAGAUUGCUAACCAACAAUCAAAUGCGGCAGGUGUUAAGGUUGAAACUGUUGAAGCAACAGGAACUAACAAGAGUGUUAAAGAUAACAAAGUGGGUAGUUCUCUGACAGCCAGUAAAACAGAAGAUGUAAUUGAAAAUGGUGAUGAUGGUAAUAUUCCAGGUAUGGUUACAAUGGGAUGUACAGGGAGAGAAAAUCAAGUGGAAAAGAAGGGCUAUGUGUGCCAAGUGUGUAAAAAGACAUUUAUUAAGAAGAGCAGUUUAAGCAGCCAUGAAAUAACACACACUGGGGAGACACCUUUUAAAUGUCAGUUCUGUAAUAAAGGAUUCAAUGUACGAAGUAAUCUGAAUGUUCAUCUGAGAAUACAUACAGGUCAGCGGCCUCAUGUUUGUGAAAUUUGUCAGAAAACUUUCACGCAAGCUGGACAACUUAAAACACAUGAGAGAAUACAUAAAGGAGAGAAACCAUACAGAUGUAACAUGUGUACACGAUCAUUCCGAAGUAGCAGUGCUUUAAUUACACAUCAAAGAACACACACUGGAGAGCGUCCAUUUCCAUGUGACAUUUGUUCAAGGUCAUUCUCAACUUCAACAAGUCUUAAAACACAUCGCAUCACACAUAGCGGUACAAUGUUGUAUGACUGUCCUGUCUGUGGACGACAGUUUAAUCGUAAAAACAACCUCAAUGUUCACAUUAAAAGGCAUAAUAAAAACAGAAGGUUUUCGUGCCCCAAAUGUAGUAAUGGGUUUGUUAUGAGAGCCCAUCUUACGGCGCACUUAAAGCGGACUCAUAAAUUCGAACUGAGUGCUGAUCAAUUGAAUAGUCCUGAAUUCUUAGAUAGUACUGAAGAGUUACACAGUGAAGUGGAAAUAGGGGAAGAUUCUAAUAUUGGAGGAGAAUUCAAAUACAGCCAAGAUAUAGAUAUGAAAAUUGAAGAUCAGUGUGAUAGUUCAUCAGUAGAUUGUGAUAAUAAUGGGUAUCCAGUUAAAGGUAUUAAAAAUGAGGUACAGGAAAUAGGUUAUAUAACACAACAAUGAUAUGAAGUGACAUGAAGUUUGAAGCUAUUUUUAUUUUCGGUGAUAUUUUAUAGUUCAUUGGAAAGUGCACACACGUUUACAUACAGAUUUGGUAUGGAGCUAUGAUCUGGCAUAUCAGUUACCCGGCUAUAAUAAAUUUAAAAUCGAUUUGUACCUAUAAUCACUACACAGAAUCUAGUUUUUUCAUCCUUUCAGUUGAAAAAAACAUCAUAAAUGUGGACAAGCAGCUUUCAAAUUUGCGUCUUGUUUUGAUCUCAGACAUGUCCAAAAUUCAGAGACCUAAUAUCUUUUGCGAUAAGCUGUGCCUUAUCAUAUUUCAAAUAUUUUUCUUGUCUGUGAAAUUAUUUUUAUCUUGAAUAUAUAGUUCAGUCAAAUAUAUAAGACUAUAUAAGAUAUUAUCAUGAAGAAUUAAAUAGUCUAGAAUGAAGAAAAGGUACUUUGUCAGUUGUAUCAUUUUAUUGUCUACACAGAAUCCUGAUAAAUAUCCUUUCAUAUUUUUUGAAUUUUCAUGUUUUUUAUAUUUGUGUUGUUAUCUGAUUUAGGUCCAUAAGGCAAGCAAGGCUUGGUGCACUUUUAAUCAGUUUUAAUUAAAAAAAAUAAAAUUUAUUGUUACUGUCUGUUUCAAUACAUUAUAUCACAGUUAAUUUUUGUUUCUCCUUUCUUUGUUGAUAUCAAUGAAAUAUGU